AGGCCAAAGCCCAAAGGCAUCUCCCUAUAGCACGUGUCAAGUCACUCCCAAGUGUCACCCCAACCUUAACGUUUUCUUCCACCGCAAUCCAACGUUUUUUUUUUUCUAACACUUUGUUUCGAACCCCAGUUUUUGCUCUCCUCUAGCUUGUGCAACAAUGAAGGAACUUUCAGCAGCAGAAACAAACCAACUUCUUGAAGCAGCAACUGAUUUCGCCUUUUAUCCUGGUAUACUCAACGAAGCUUCAGUGAAGGAAUUUCUUGAUCGUUUUCCUCUUCCAUUCAUCAUUAAUGCCUUGCAGACUAAAGCGGUGGUGCCUGGAUUGGAAAAUGCCUUGGUUAAUUGUCUAGAAAGAAUAUUUAGAACAAAAUAUGGUUCCUCUCUUAUCCCGCAAUAUAUGUCUUUAUUGCAAGUCGGUCUACAAGCAGAUUCUGAAGCAGUUAGAUGUUUGACUUGCAAAAUAGUCUCUUUUCUUUUUGAGGAUUUAAAUGACAAAUCUGUCCACCCAUCUCAGUUGAUAAUUACAUACAAUAUAUAUCCCCUGCUACUUCUUUGCCUUGUUAAUGGUGAUGAACGUGUGGCAGCUGCUUCGAUGGAUGCUAUCAAGAGUAUUGCUUCUUCUUCAGAAGGAAUUGCCACUAUAUUUCCAGCUGAGAGCAGUGAAGCUACAGACCUUAAGCAUCUGGCUGCCAAAUGUUCUUCGCUGGGGCGUGUACGAAUUCUUUCUUUAAUAGUGAAGCUGUUCUCAGUCUCUCGUGCUGUCGCAGAAGUAAUUGCUAGCUUGAAUUUACUUGGUUUAAUAGAGGCAGAAGUGAGGAAAACUGAUGACACACUUGCAACACUAAAUGCUCUGGAGCUCUUAUUUGAGAUAGCAGAAAGUGAACAUGCAUCAGAAUUCUUACCCAAAACCAGUCUUCUUCAAAUUCUUGGCAGUAUUAUAAGAAAUGCUUCUUUGGAGUCAAUGUUAAGAUCAAGAGCAGUGGUGAUCAGUGGAAGAAUGCUUUCCAGAGAAAACAUAUUUACGUUCAUUGAUGAAACCAGUGCUCUUGCAAUUUUGUCAGAUAUUAUCGGGAGGCUCACUUCACCUGAAACCAUAGAUGACAAUGAAUGUGAAUCAGCGAUUGAAACAGUUGGUCUAAUCGGCUCAUCUAAAUCAGGAGCGGAGUUUUUACUCUUAAGAUCUCUUGAAGCUGCAAGAUUUCUUGGUCAAGCUGCUUUUGACAGGCAUAAAGGUGGUAAGCAGCUGGCUGCACUUCAUGCUUUUGGGGACAUUGUUGGUGCUAGCAGAUCUGAAGACAGAAUAUUGCUAAAAGGGGAAGCUGAAGAGAUCCUUCGUCGCUUGAUUUAUGAAAUCGCGUCCAAGACUUCAAAAUUGACACCAUCAGGGCUGUUCUUGUCAGUUCUCCAGCAAGAUUCAGAAAUGCGUUUGGCAGGUUAUAGGUUGAUAUCCAGUUUGGUGGGUCGUCAAUGGUGCUUGAUGGAAGUCUGCUCAAGGCAAGAGAUCAUAAGUAUUGUUACUGAUGCUUACAUGGAAACCACUAAAAUAGGCAUGGAGGCUAAAUAUAACUGCUGCUUCGCAAUUCAGAAGGCUCUUGCUAAUACAAACCCUAAGAGUGAUUCUGCACUUGCUGCUAUAUCUAGGAAGCUGCAGGAAGCUGUUAAACGGGGUCCUUUCCUGGCAGAAAAGAAUCGUGAUGCACAACCAACUGUUACUACUGAUCAAAGAUUUUAGAUUUCUAUCACUACAUAGGAGGUGCUUGUUAUGACUUCAUUUAUGCAGCAACAAAAUGAAGUCAUAGGAGAGGGUUUGUAAUAAAAAGAGAAUUAAUGUUUGGGAAAUUCUCUUUGGUAAAACUAUAGUUUUUAUUUUUCUCAGUGGUAAAUUGUAAAAUUUUUUAUGAUUCUUGAUAAACUUCAAUUAGUUAUAAUUUUUCAAUGGUAAACUUAA